GCUUUCUGUUGGUUCUCACCGAGGGGGGGGGGGCCAAAUUGUCUUGUGUGUCCUCGGGCCGUCGAUUGUCGGACUCGGGACGUCAUCUCACCUCUCAAAGUGUGUGAAAGGGUUGUCAGCCGCCAGCCGUCUCGAGUGGGUGGGGGCUGCGGCGCGUCGCCGGAGGGUGGGAUCGCGCCCCGGGAGUGGUCCGCUGUCGUCGGGGAUUGGCGCCAAGGCAGCCCCUCGACAUGGAUCUGCCCAAGCCUCGCGGUUCCCGUGCCGCCGUCUUGUGCUGCCAACGGCGUUCAGCUGAUUCAAAAAUGAUGGGCUCGCCCCAAGCUGGGCUUCCUAAAGAUCUCUCUCGCAACCCGCGGCGAGUAGAGGGCACCGCAAAGGCAACCCGCAGAAUUCACGAUCUCGAUACGACACGACAGCAGCGACACCCCGCCCUCCAACCCCCCGUCGAGAUCAAUACCAGGCACAGCAACUGCCAGAAAUCAUGGCGACCGAAGUUCAACGACGACCUCGAGUACGCCUCGAUUGGGCUCACGGAGAAGCAGACACGAAAGAUCCUGAAAGCAAAAGCGGACAGGAAACAAUUCCUACCCGGCCAGCCUCGCAUACGACUAGACAAGACCCACGGGCAUAACGUCGACGCCAACGAGGACCACCUUCUCAAGUACCUGGAAAAAUGCCACAGUACCAAGGGCUUGGAUGAGUUAUUACCGUGGAUGCGGUACAUCUUUGUUCAAACGCCAUCUUACACCCACAUCAUGCCAUUACACCACCAAAGGUCACACGCGCGCGAGAUCAAGGUGUCCGAAAACCCCGGCCUCCACUUGGUCUGGUACUACGAGCUCAUCUUCAUCAAGCCCAUUCCGGCCUACUUCUACUCGCAAGCCUUUUGGGCCUACCUCGAAAACGCCGACAAGGGACUCUACGGCGCCUGCCUCGGCUUCAUACGUAGCUAUUACAUGCUUAUCCAAUACGAGCUCGACUUUCACGAAGCCUGCAAGCUGCACCUGAUCCCGCCCAAGGGGGACGGCGAGAUGCCCACAUACGAGGAGUGGUGCGAGUUCAUCGAGCCGUUCGCUCGGGUGGGCGACGCCCACGUCAACCGCCGCUACCACUACGGCGAGCUCCGCCUGACGCGCAUCAACCGCGCCGCCAUGCUGUUCAAGUUCAGCCUCGCCUACUUCCACAUCUACCCCCAAUGGGGCUCUUUUCUCGAGCACACCCUGGCGCCCAUCAUCACUGUCUUCGCGGUAUGCUCGGUCGUGCUCAACUCGAUGCAGGUCAGCCUGGCGGUUAUGGAGGUCCAGGGAGACGGGUUUACAAGUUCGAGGGCGUGGUCCAGUUUUAUGGAUGCAUCCUUGUGGUUCCCGGUUAUCGUUAUGCUCAGCAUCGCGGUCAUUCUCAUUGCGUCGUUGUUUGGCAUGGGCAUUAUGGGCCUGAAGGACUUGUUCCGCGGGAACUCGGUCCGUCGGCGGAAGAAGAGGGGUGAUCCCAGCGCAGGGACACGGAGCCAUGGCAUGGUCUGGUAGUACCUCAUCGACUAUUAUCUCUGUUCAUGUAUACACUUGUUUGGAUA